AUGGAUACUACGCCGGCCGAUGGACGAGACAUUCACCCUCAACUUCGCCAGAGGAUGGUGAACCGCGCGGCCACGUUUGCUGAGGGUGCGCGACCUUCUACCCCACCUACGGCACUCUCUCGACGCCGCAGUUCACUCGUUUCUGACCUCUCUGACUCGCGUUAUUCUUUGCGAUCCUCCAGCGACAAUCUUCUAAGAGCGAGUGGGAAGAAUGACAUCGACAGACACGCGUCUUCGGAUGAGCCGUCACGAUGGAUCGUACUGCCUGUCGUGGCUGCCGUUGUACCAGCCAUCAUUGGGUUGACGGUAGACAAUGGCGCCGACGUCGCUACAGACAUGUUGAUAUUGGUACUGGCGGGGUGGUUCCUACAUUGGAGUGUCAAGGUGCCAUGGGACUGGUACCACGAAGCACAGCAACGACGAUACCUAAAUGACGAUGUGGACGACGCGACAUACGAUGACACGAUACUUGAGGAAGAUGAGGAUGCGCUAGAAAGUAUCGAGGAUCCCGUACGGGAGUCGCAGGAUCCAAAGCUCAACACCACAACUGACGCGCCUGCCUCGCGAGCGCAGAAAGAGGCCCGUGAAGCCUUGAAGCGCUCGGAGAUGCUAGCAUUCGUUGGCUGCUUCCUAGGUCCCCUACUCGGCGCCCUUCUCAUGCACACCAUUCGAGGCCAGCUCAUGCGUGCCGAAGGCAUAGUAUCCGACGCGAACCUUAGCAUCUUUCUCCUCAUCGCAGAAGUACCACCUGUUAAUCGCCUGAUCAAAAUGCGGACAGAGCGAAUCCUACACCUCCAGCGCAUCGUCCGAGAAGCUCCAAGAGAACCCGUUCGGGCAACAGACGCACAACAGCUCUCACAACGGAUAUCAGAACUAGAAGGUCGAAUUGAUGGCGCUCCAUCCGCCAACAGCAACAAUAAAGAAGUGGAUGUAGAGAAGCUCAGCGCUGAAGUCCGACAAACAACCCAACUGCAACUUGACGCUCUGAAUCGCGCAGUUAGGCGCUACGAAAAAAGACACAUGGCGCAGUCUUUACAAAUCGAAGCACGCUUCCAAGACCUAGAGGCUAGACUGAAAGACGCACUCGCCCUGGCUGCCGCGGCUGCUAGGACCGGUCAGCGACCUGGGGUGGUUGCCAUGACACUGAGCUGGAUCGCUAGUACCAUCAGCUACAUGCUGCACGUUACUUGGAACAUCGCCAUGUAUCCCUUCCGAACGGCGGCAAUUGCAGUUUCGGUAGCCAAAUCGCUGUUUGUUCGAGAUGAGCGCCAGGCGAGACGGAGAGUCAAGGGAGGACAGGUCGGAGCACCAACGUACCGCCAAAUGCGAUGGGAAGGCAAAACGCCCCUCGCUAAGCCCGUCGUUCUACCAGAGGGUGUGAACGGCUCCCUCCCUUCAAGAGAAGCCGGAAGAGAAAUCCCAUAUCGUGUCUUCAAACCAAGUGGGGGAGUGAAGAGCAAGGGGAUACAUAUGCAUAUCCAUGGUGGGGGGUGGGUGUUGAUGAGUGAGGCUUAUCAAGACCCCUACCUAAAAUACCAGGCCGAUCACUUCGGAUUAACAGUCGUAUCAAUCGGUUACCGUCUCGCACCCGAAGACCCCUGGCCCGCAGGCGCAGAAGAUUGCUACGACGCUGCAGAAUGGCUAGUCAAAAAUGGCCCUGAAGUUUUCGGCGGAGAACUCAUGUUCACUGGUGGCGAGUCUGCCGGCGGCCAUCUCGCCUGUCUCGUUGCUUUCCACCUUCUAGAAACCAUGCCCAGCUUCGCAUUCAAAGGCCUGCUCCUCCAUUUCGGCUGCUACGACAUGUCUUCCUUCCUUCCUCACGUGCUCCAUCACGAAACGCAUCUCGUAAUCGACUACAACGUGAUGAAAUCCUACAUCGACGCGCUACUUCCCAACACAACGGAGGCCCAGCGCCGUGAUCCCAGCAUAAGUCCCUUCUGGGCGGACUUGAGGGGCAAGAAGUUGCCGCCUGCGCUUUUUACGUGUGGGAGUGAGGAUCCGCUUUUGGAUGAUAGUGUGAUGAUGGGAGCCAAGUGGGGGAUGUGGGGGAAUGAGAGUGUGGUGAAGAUUUAUCAUGGGGCACCGCAUGGCUUUAUUGGGUUUCCGCCGGGUACUAUCAAGAGUGUACAGGAGGUACUUGAUGAUACCGAGGCGUUUGUUAGGGCAAAGAUGGGGGUUUGA